UGCCGCAGGUCUGUGCUCCACCCCGCCGCGCGUCCAGAGCGCUCACUCCUUAGGCGAGUUCCCACUUAAGUCCGGUCCACCGACGCGGAUCCGCGCGCCCCAGGCCUCGCGCGCCCGGCUUUCUGAGCCCUAGUCCCUCCACCGAAUCGCGGGACGACGCCGCACCCCUCUUCUCGACGCGCGCGCAGCAUGGCGCGCCCCCAGGUCCUAGCGUUCGGACUCCUGCUAGCAGCGGCGACGGCAGCGGUGGCCGCGGCUCAGAAAGAAUGUAUCUGUGAAAACUAUAAGCUCACUACAGACUGCUAUAAGAAUGAAAAUGAUGAAUGCCAGUGUACAUCCAUGGGUACAAAAAAUACUGUCAUUUGUUCCAAACUGGCAUCCAAAUGUUUGGUGAUGAAGGCAGAAAUGAAUUCCUCAAAGUCUGGGAGAAGAGGGAAACCGGAAGGGGCGAUCCAGAACAAUGACGGGCUGUAUGACCCUGACUGUGACGAGAAAGGGCUCUUUAAAGCCAAGCAGUGCAAUGGCACUGCCACGUGCUGGUGUGUGAACACUGCUGGGGUCCGAAGAACUGACAAGGAUACUGAAAUUACCUGCUCCGAACGAGUGAGGACCUUCUGGAUCAUGAUUGAACUGAAACACAAAGCAAGGGAAAAACCUUACAAUGUUCAAAGUUUGCAGACUGCAAUUCAAGAAAUGAUGACUACUCGGUAUCUACUGGAUCCAAAAUUUAUCACAAAUAUUCUGUAUGAGAAUAAUGUUAUCACUAUUGAUCUGGUGCAAAAUUCUUCUCAGAAAACUCAAAAUGAUGUGGACAUAGCUGAUGUGGCUUAUUAUUUUGAAAAAGAUGUGAAAGGGGAAUCCUUGUUCCGUACAUCAAAAAUAGACCUGAGAGUAGAUGGGGAGCAACUAGAACUGGAUCCUGGUCAAACUUUAAUUUACUAUGUUGAUGAAAAGGCCCCUGAAUUUUCAAUGCAGGGCCUAAAAGCUGGUAUUAUAGCUGUCAUUGUGGUUGUGACAAUAGCAGUUAUUGCUGGUAUUGUUGUCCUGGUUAUUUCCAGAAGGAAGAAAACAACAAAGUAUGAGAAGGCUGAGAUAAAGGAGAUGGGUGAGAUGCAUAGAGAACUCAGUACAUAACUACUGUAAUGUGAAGAUUAACUACAAGAAAGGAAGUUAUCAAAAGAACUCAGAUUACGAACAUAUGAAGAUGGAAAAAAAAGGGAGACCUUUGAGGGUUACUAUUUUGUUGGUUAACAUCAUAUAUUUGUAAUAAUUAACUUGUACUUACAAUAUAAGCAACUUGAAAUUGGCAUUAUCAAUCUUAAAAUUUGACCAGUGUCUUACAUGUGCAAAUCUAAUAAUAUAAAACCAGGUACUUUGGCUGAAUAGGUAAAAUUAUUUAUGCUUAAUAUUGAAGAGUGUGCAUUAAAUAUGCUUCCACAGUAGUGUUUGAAUGAUUUGUGAUUGAAACUGCCUUUCUAUUUACUUUGACACUUGUACAUAAACUUUUUUUAUGAAGUAUGAAA